GCCUCCGGAGCCCAGGCCAAGCCUUUCAUUACUCAUCAUAAUAAAUUACAUCGAGACUUUUAUUUGCGAAUUGCUACUGAGAUACCCCUUAAAAAAUUGCUGGUAGGUGGCUUUGAAAAAGUUUAUGAGAUUGGACGAAUAUUUCGAAAUGAAGGGAUAGAUGCCCGCCAUAACCCCGAAUUUACUACUAUUGAAGUUUAUCAGGCUUAUGAAAAUGCGGAGCACAUGAUGAAUCUGACCGAGGAAUUCCUUUUCGCAGACUCCCAAAAAUAUAAUUUAAAAUUAGAAAAAUUCCAAAAAACCACCGGGCAUGUCAUCUUGGCUUUUUUUGAAGAAUAUGUGGAAAAAAAAUUAAUUCAACCGACCUUUAUUUAUGAUUAUCCAGUAGAAGUUUCGCCCUUGGCUAAAAGCAAGCCGGAAAAUGAAAAAAUUGCUGACCGAUUUGAACUGUAUAUUGGUGGAUUAGAAUUUGCUAAUGGUUAUAGUGAAUUAAAUGACCCUAGCGAGCAAAAAAAAAGGUUUGAAGAGCAGAGUAAACAAAAAGAAUUGGGAAAUGAAGAAAUUGCCA